CCCCUACUAGAUAAAGAUUGGAGAUCUUGGAAUAAAAUGGACUAAAUUUUUACUGUAUUCAUUCAUAGGUAUUCGUAAACAAAAGAAGCGAUUUUAACCGUUUUCAUCCUAAUAAUAUGCCAAUUUUGCCCCUUAAGAAGACGAUUGAUCAAAGCUUCCUCCCUCCCUAAAAAUAUCUUGACAUAUGGAACAAGGACGUCUAGUAGACAACAGCAACCACCGUACACGACUACCUUCAGGCUUCAGCCCCUCCUCCUCUCACUUCACCUCAAGCUCAAGGUAAGGAAAUGGCGGGGACAGUCAAAGCUCUAAAUUACAAAAUAUCAGUUUCUCCCUCAAACUCACACUCACUCCUUCUUCCAUCAAUUCCUGCUCAACUUACCCUUUUCAAUUCCCAACUUCCCAAGAUUAAUCUAUGCCUCAAUCCCUUUCAUUCCAUUCGUAAUCCAUUGGUUCUUCAUUUGCAAUCGCGAUAUCAGUUAUCGUCUAUCCGUGCCACUGCUGCAUCCUCUGAUUCUGCUGAUAAUGGCGAAGGUAAACAAUCUGGGGAUGCGUUGAAAUGGGCGAGGCCGUUGAUUGAGAUUGCUAGCAACAAUUUUCUACCAUUAGCUCUUAUUGGCGGUGUUUUUCUCGGACUAGCAAAUCCUGGCCUUGGCUGUGCUGCUGAUAGGUACUACAUGUCAAAACUGAGCACGUUUUGUAUAUUCAUAAUUUCAGGUUUAACUUUACGUAGUCAAGAAAUUGGAGCAGCUACCAAAGCAUGGCCUGUUGGGAUAUUUGGCUUGGCGUCUAUUUUGCUCUUGACACCAGCAUUUGCAAGGAUUAUUUUGCUACUUAAUCUUCAGCCUCCAGAAUUUGUGACUGGUUUAGCCCUUUUUGCCUGCAUGCCUACUACAUUGUCGAGUGGGGUUUCACUUACUCAACUAGCUGGGGGAAAUUUUGCGUUGGCUUUGGCAAUGACCGUGAUAUCUAACUUACUAGGAAUCUUAGUUGUGCCGUUUACAAUCACAAAAUAUGUAGCUGCUGGUGUUGGCAUAUCCAUUCCAACUAACCAAUUACUUAGGAGCCUUGUUAUCACACUGUUGAUUCCGUUGAUCUUGGGAAAGAUAGUCCGAGAAUUGUUCAAGGGUGUAGCAGAUUUUGCAGAUAGUAACCGCAAGCUUCUGUCAAACAUGAGUGCACUUUUUCUUGGUUUUGUCCCAUGGAUACAAGUGAGCAAAUCUAGGUCUUUGCUAUUGACGGUUAACCCUACAAGCUUCCUUCUGGCCAUAGGCCUUGGAGUUCUCCUACACAUCAUUCUGUUAGCUUUUAAUGCUCUUUCCAUAAAGAUUUUAUCAUCCGUCUCUGGUGGUAGUAAAUCUGUCUUCUACAACAGAAAAAACGCCAUUGCGUUGCUUUUGGUUGCAAGCCAGAAAACCCUGCCUGUUAUGGUAGCAGUUGUAGAUCAGCUUGGUAGUGCAAUGGGUGCUCCUGGUUUGUUGAUUCUACCUUGUGUUGCAGCACAUAUAAAUCAGAUCAUUUUGGAUUCAUUUUUUGUCAAUUUUUUGCUUCAGAGAGAUCAUGUUCCUCUUGCAAAAGAAGCCUAGUAUUCAGGAACCACGCUGUUAAAAGAUAGCUGAAGCUGCAACUUGAAGCCAGUGGCAGAUCCACCCUUGUGGCCUAAUUGUCAUUUUCUGUUUACAUUUUAAACUUGAAGGUCGUGUGAGCUCGUGUACAUUCUUUUCCAUUCUUAGCAAUAACUGUCUUAAAAUCUAUACGUUUCAUCCCUUUUAAGGACAAGGUACUGCUAUAAAAGUUUCUUGGAUUUA